UACUCCGUGUGUCUAUAAAGCCUCAUUCCGUGCUGUCUGGCAGGGAGCAUCAUCUCAUCUCAUCUCAUCUCAUCUCAUCUCAUCUCACGGCCCUGGCACUGCCCCAGCAUGGCCAUCUCAUCACGUCUUGCCCUGUGGGAGCAGAAGAUUCGGGAGGAGGAUAAGAGCCCACCACCGUCCUCGCCCCCUCCCCUUUUCUCUGUCAUCCCAGGAGGCUUCAUUCGGCAACUGGUUCGAGAGACUGAGAAAGAGUCCAAGGAAGUGAGACGGAAGAAUCAGGCAGUGCUUGCCUCUCCAGAACGAGAGACCCCAGACAUUUCCAACAGCCAACCCACCAGCAAGUCUGACAGUGGUACCAAAUCUGGAAGCCAACAGAUUUCCCAGAGCAGCCAGUCAAGCUCACCCCAGGACCCACACAUUCCGGGCAAGGAGAGCGAGGGGGCCAGCAGCACGGACUCUGUGCUGAUGACCAGCAUCAAUGGCGAGAAGCCCCAGGACCCGAGCCCCAGUGGGGUACCAGUCAAAAAACCCCUGCCUUUCAGGAGGGGUGUGAGGAGGGGUGAUGUCUUGUUGAUGGUGGCCAAGCUGGACCCAGACUCAGCCAAGCUGGAGCAGAAGACCCAUCCCCAUGACUCCCUCACCUGCAAGUCCCCACCCCCAUCCACAGACCCUGGAGGGGCAAAGAAAAGAGGGACUCCAGCUGCUCCUGGUAGCCCUCCGGCCAGCCCUGAGGACCUAGCCCAGAAGGCUGAGGAGACCCUGACUGGGGGUCUUCGGGACUCAGGCCAAGAAAAUGUGCUACUUCCAAAAGGCGAGAAGGGUCAAGACUCAGUGGGGAAGGGGGUCAGGGCCCCCCAGACCAAAGAACUGAAAGGGGCUGAGCUCCAGGGGAAAGAGAGGCAGGGGACUAGGCCCCAAGCCCAAGGGUCAUGUGAGGGAGAGCAAAAAGAGACAGUAGAGAAGGUCAGAGAGGACCCUCAAAACAAGAUGGAAAAGGGGACUCUCUCCAAGGAUGCAGUGGAUGAAGGGAAGCAGGUUGGGGCCCAAGUUCAGAUGAAAAAGUGGGGAGGUUCCCUGGACAGAAGGAGCAAGUGGGGUGAUUCCCAGAAUAAGAAGGACAAAGGUGAGCAUCUGAGUAAAGGGGAGAAGACAGGUGAACCUGAAAUCAAGAUAGAGAAGACAGGCAAAGUGCAGGGGAAGGUGGGGAAGGUAGGGGGACCUCCGAGUAUGACUGAGAGAGCAGGUGAGCCUCAGAGAACAACUGAAAAGGCAGGUGAACCCAAGACUAAGAUAGAAAAGGUGGGCCAACCUCAGAGUAAGUCCACGGAGGUGGGUGAAGGUUGGAGUGAGACACAGAAUGGUUGUAAAGCCCCAAAGGAGGAGGUGGCUACAAGCGGGGAGUCCCCAGUGGCAUCUGAGAAGGAGGACCAGCUGGAAAACAGAGGGCAGAAAGCCAAGGAGCCCUGCCAGAGAGCAGACAAUGGGGCCGAGGCCCUGGAGAUGGAGCUGGCAGGACCCAGCCCUGUUCUGGAGAACCACGUGGAAAGGCCUCAGACACAGAAGGAGAAUCAAGAGGGGCCAGCCCUGCAGGAGGCGGGCAAAGGAGGCCAGAGCAGAGACUCGGACCAGGCUCCUGAAGACAGAUGGUAUGAGGCCGAGAAAGUCUGGCUGGUUCAGAAGGAUGGAUUUACUCUUGCAACAGUGCUGAAGCCAGAUGAGGGAACAGCUGACCUUCCGGCAGGAAGGGUACGACUUUGCAUCGAUGAAGACAAAACCAUCAUGGAGGUGGAUGAGGAGCAUAUUCAUCGGGCCAACCCUCCUGAGCUGGACCAGGCCGAGGACCUGGCCACCCUCAUCAGCGUGAACGAAUCCAGCGUUCUGAACACACUUCUGCACCGCUACCGGGCUCAGCUGCCGCACACCUGCACGGGGCCUGACCUGAUCGUCCUCCAGCCUUGCGGACCCUCAGCGCCCUCUGUAGGGAAGGUGCCCAGGGGCCGCUGGGAUGGAAUGCCUGCCCACAUCAGCUCCCUGGCACAGCGGGCUUAUUGGGCAAUGCUGAGCCAGAGGAGAGACCAGAGUAUUGUGGCCCUGGGCCGGAGUGGCGCUGGGAAGACCACCUGCUGUGAGCGGGUUCUGGAGCACCUGGUGGGGCUGGCAGGCAGUGUGGAUGGCAGAGUCUCAGUGGAGAAGAUCCAUGCUGCCUUCACCAUUCUCCGGGCCUUUGGCUCUGUGUCCACGGGACACAGCCACAGUGCCACCCGAUUCGCUAUGGUGAUGUCACUGGACUUCAACGCCACAGGCCGGGUUACGGCUGCUCAAGUCCAGACAAUGCUUUUGGAGAAGAGCCGUGUGGCACGGCAGCCGGAAGGAGAAGGCAACUUUGAGGUUUUCUCACAGGUGCUGGCAGGAUUGGACCUGGAUCUCAGGACGGAGCUGUACCUGCACCAGAUGGCAGACAGCAGCUCCUUUGGCAUGGGCAUGUGGUCCAAGCCUGAAGACAAACAGAGAGCAGCAGCUGCCUUUGCCCAGCUCCAGGGCGCCAUGGAGUUGCUGGGUAUCUCAGAGAGCGAGCAGCGAGCCAUUUGGCGGGUGCUGGCAGCUAUCUACCACCUCGGUGUGGCUGGGGCCUGCAAAGUGGGCCGAAAGCAGUUCAUGCGGUUUGAGUGGGCAAACCAUGCAGCCGAAGCCCUGGGCUGUGAGUACGAGGAGCUGAACACAGCCACCUUCAAGCACCACCUGCGGCAGAUCAUUGAGCAGGUGACAUCUGGGCCAAGCCGGCGGGGCCUUGAGGAUGAGGAGACCAGCUCAGGGCUCAAGAUGACAGGUGUGGAGUGUGUGGAGGGGAUGGCCUCCGGCCUGUACCAAGAGCUCUUUGCUGCUGUGAUCUCACUCAUCAACAGAUCCUUCUCCUCCUACCACCUCUCUACAGCCUCCAUCAUGGUGGUGGACUCUCCAGGCUUUCAGAACCCCCGGCACCAGGGCAAGGACCGGGCUGCCACCUUCGAGGAGCUGUGCCACAAUUAUGCCCAUGAGCGCUUGCAGCUGCUUUUCUACCAGCGGACCUUUGCCUCCACACUGGAGGGAUACCGAGAGGAAGAUGUUCCUGUGCAGUUUGACCUUCCAGAAUCUUCUCCAGGGGCCACGGUGGCAGUUGUGGAUCAGAACCCCUCCCAGGUCCGCGUACUAGCUGGAGGAGGUGUCAAGGAUGCCAGGGGCCUUUUCUGGGUCCUGGACGAGGAGGUCCGGGUGGAGAGCUCCAGAGACAGCGUGGUGCUCAAACGUCUAUGUGAGGCCUUUGAGAAGAAAGGAAUUGGGGCCGAAGAGACCUCCCCUCUGCGGACGUGUGAGCAGCCCCUGCAGUGUGAGAUUGCCCAUCAGCUGGGACAGGACCCUGUGCGCUAUGACCUCACCGGCUGGCUCCGUAGAGCCAAGCCCAAUCUUGCGGCCCUGGAUGCCCCCCAGCUCCUGCAGCAGUCCAAAAGGGAAGAGCUUCGGAGCCUGUUCCAGCCCUGGGCCAACCUGCCCCCAGUCUGCCGAGCCAUGGCAGGCCUGGAGGGCACCUCCCAGCAGGCUUUGCAGAGGAUCUGGGCCGUGAGGAGGACUUUUGCCAGCAGCUUGGCCGCGGUGAAGAGGAAAGCCAUGUGCAUCCAGAUCAAGCUGCAGAUGGAUGCCUUGACGAACAUGAUCAGACGGUCCCAGUUACACUUCAUCCACUGCCUAGUGCCAAACCCAGUGGUGGAGAGCAGGAGUGGGCAGGGAUCUCUGACUCCACCCCAGCCUGGUGUAGACAAGCCAGGGGCAGGCGGGCCCCUGCACCUGGACAUCCCAGCACUGAGGGCCCAGCUCGCAGGGUCCCACAUCCUGGAAGCACUGCGUCUGCACAGGGCAGGCUAUGCUGACCGUAUGGGGCUCACUCAGUUCCGCCGGCGGUUCCAGGUGCUGGACCCUCCCCUCAUGAAGAAACUCAUGUUGGCCUCCGAGGGAAUAAAUGAGAGGAAGGCUGUGGAGGAGCUCCUGCAGAGCUUGGAUCUGGAGAAGAAGACAGUGGCCGUGGGGCACAGCCAAGUUUUCCUCAAGGCGGGUGUGGUCUCCAGGCUUGAGAAGCAGCGAGAGAAGCUGGUGUCUCAGAGCAUCAUUCUCUUCCAGGCGACCUGCAAGGGCUUCCUGUCUCGCCAGGAAUUUAAAAAGCUAAAGAUUCGCCGGCUAGCCACUCAGUGUAUCCAGAAGAACAUGACUGUGUUCCUGGCAGUCAAGGAUUGGCCGUGGUGGCAGCUCUUGGGUUCUCUCCGGCCCAUGCUGAGUGCCACCUUUGGGGAUGAGCAGUUCCGAGCUAAGGAGGAGGAGCUUACAAUGCUGAGACGGAAGCUAGAAAAAUCCGAGAAGUCACGGAAUGAACUCUGGCAGAAAACAGGCCUGCUAGAGAGCAAGAUUGCUGACUUGACCACAGAGCUCACUGAGGAGCGCUUCAAAGGUGACGUGGCCUGUCAGGCACUGGAGAGUGAGCGGGCAGAACAGCUGCAGGCCUUCCGGGAGGUCCAGGAGCUGAAGAGCAAGUAUGAGGAAGUCCAGAAGAAAUUGGGAGAAGUGGAGAAACAGUUAGAAGAAUCCCAGCAGAAAAUUCAGUUGAAUGUCUUGGGAAGGAAUCACACUGGAGAAGAUGAAUGGCAAAUGCGCUUCAACUGUGCUCAGAUGGAGAAUGAAUUCCUCAGGAAGCGUCUACAACAAUGUGAGGAGAGGCUGGACUCAGAGCUGACAUCCAGGAAAGAGUUGGAGCAGAAGCUCAGGGAGCUGCAGACUGCUUAUGAAGGGGCCAAGAAGAUGGCUCACCAGCUGAAGAGGAAGUGCCACCAUCUGACCUGUGACCUGGAGGAUACUUGUGUCCUGCUGGAGAACCAGCAAAGCCGAAACCAUGAGCUUGAGAAGAAGCAGAAGAAGUUUGACAUGCAAUUGGCCCAGGCCCUGGGUGAGUCUGUGUUUGAGAAGGGCCUCCGUGAGAAAGUGAGCCAGGAGAACACCAACGUCCGGUGGGAGCUAGGCAAGCUUCAGCAGCAGGUGAAGCAAAAGGAGCAGGAAACCUUGCAGCUGAAGCAGGAGGUAGAGAUGCUGCAGGCCCACAAACAGGAGCUGCUAAGGUCUCCCUCUCUGGGGCAAAAUGGCAUUGCUGGUUUAAAGGAAAGGCUCUGGCAGCUGGAAUCCAGUGCCCUUGAGCAACUGAAAAUCCAGAACCAGCAGGAAAACACCAUUAAACAGCUGGAGCAGCUCCGCCAGCGGUUUGAGCUGGAGAUCGAGCGGAUGAAGCAGAUGCACCAGAAAGACCGUGAGGACCAGGAGGAGGAGCUGGAGGAUAUCCGCCAGUCCUGCCAGAAGCAGCUCCGUCAGCUUGAAAUGCAGCUGGAGCAAGAAUAUGAGGAGAAGCAGAUGGUCCUCCAUGAGAAGCAGGAUUUAGAAGGCUUGAUCGGCACACUCUGUGAUCAGAUCGGCCAUCGGGACUUUGACGUGGAGAAGCGUCUUCGGAGGGACCUCAAGAGGACCCAUGCACUCUUGUCAGAUGUGCAGCUCCUUCUGGGGACCAUGGAAGAUGCCAAGACAUCAGUCAGCAAGGAGGAACUAGAGAAAGUGCACAGUCAGCUGGAGCAGAGUGAAGCUAAGUGUGAGGAUGCCUUGAAGACACAGAAGGCACUGACCACAGACCUGGAGAACAUGCACAGCGAGUUGGAGAACAUGACCCGGAGCAAGAGCCUGGUGGAUGAGCAGCUGUACCGGCUGCAGUUCGAGAGAGCGGACCUCCUGAAGCGCAUCGAUGAGGACCAGGAUGACCUGAAUGAUCUCAUGCAGAAGCACAAGGACCUCAUUGCUCAGUCUGCUGCUGACAUCGGGCAGAUCCAAGAACUGCAGCUGCAGCUGGAGGAAGCCAAGAAGGAGAAGAACAAGCUUCAAGAACAAUUGCAGGUGGCUCAGAUGCGCAUCGAGUACCUGGAGCAGUCCACUGUGGAUCGAGCCAUCGUCAGCAGGCAGGAGGCCAUCAUCUGCGACCUGGAGAACAAGACAGAGUUCCAGAGAGUGCAGAUUAAGAGAUUUGAGGUCCUGGUGAUUCGGCUUCGGGACAGCAUGAUCAAGAUGGGUGAAGAGCUCUCGCGGGCGGCAGCAUCCGAGUCCCAGCAGCGGGAGAACAGCCAGUAUUACCAGCAGCGCCUGGAGGAGCUGAAGGCAGACAUGGAGGAGCUGGUGCAGCGGGAGGCGGAGGCAAGCCGGCGAUGCAUGGAGUUGGAGAAGUAUGUGGAGGAGCUUGCAGCAGUGAGGCAAACCCUCCAGACAGACCUGGAGACGUCUAUCAGGAGGAUUGCCGACUUGCAGGCUGCCUUGGAAGAGGUGGCAUCCAGUGACAGUGACACAGAAAGUGUCCAGAUAGCAGUGGAUGGUUGUGGCAGUGGCAAAAAAGAGAUGGAUAACGUGUCCAUCCUCAGCUCCCAGCCAGAGAACAGUCUGCAGUCCUGGUUGAGCUGCACUCUCUCCCUGGCUACAGACACCAUGAGGAGCCCCUCCCGACAAUCAGUCAGCAGCAGCCAAGUACUCAGCCCAAGGAUGAACAAAGAGGCUGGAGAUGCUGAGAGGACCCAACCAGCAUCGGUGCUAAGCGGAGGCCGGGAUGUCCACAGCAAGAUAUCAGGAGACAAAUCUGUGUCUUCCUUCUCCCUCCACCGGCAAAAGUAUUGCCAUUUUGGAAAUGGCGAAGGGUUUGGCAUCCAGAAAAAGCACAUGGAGAAAUCAGGAGCUCUUUCUUCCUCCUCAUCCUCUCCGAGUAGAGACACAUCCCCACUGUCUGGGGAAAAGCUGCCCAGUCCUUCAGCGGCCCUCUCAGAGUUUGUGGAAGGUCUCCGGAGGAAGAGGGCUCAGAGGGGGCAGGGGUCGGUGCUGGGUCUGGAGGACUGGCCCACCCUACCCAUUUACCAGACCACCGGAGCCUCCGUGCUGAGGAGAGGGCGGGCCGGCAGUGAUGAUGGAGCCCUCUCGCUGAGGUCUGGGGUGAAAUCUCCACCGGAAUCACAGGGCGUGACUGGGACGUCAGCAGGCCUUCUGCGGUCCACCAGCCUGAAAUGCAUCUCUUCUGAUAGCCUGGAGUCCACGACCCCCAAGCCUGACAAGCUGAAGACACGGUUCAGUUCCUGCGAGUCCCUCUUAGAAUCAGGACCAAACUCUGGCAGAAGACUGAGCUCACCGACCCCUUCCAGGGACGUGCUCUUGUCACCCACACUGCGUCCUCGGAGGCGGUGUCUGGAGUCCUCACUCGACGACUCAGGCUGUCCAGACCUAGGCAAGGAGCCGCUGGUCUUCCAGAACCGCCAGUUCGCCCACCUAGUGGAGGAGCCUCAAGGCAGUGACAUGUUCAGCUGGACGCACCCCAGCCUCAGCUACAAAUGCAAGACCAAAGUGGAUUUCGAUGACUUCCUCCCGGCCAUCCGGAAGCCCAACACUUCUUCUUCCUUCACUGGAGCAUCCAAGGAUGCACAAGGCAGUUUGCAGCAGUCGAACCUCCACUUUGAGACAGAGGAAGCUGAUCGUUCCUUUCUCUCAGGGAUCAAGACCAUUUUGAAAAAGAGCCCAGAGCCCAAGGAGGACCCUGCUCACCUCUCUGACUCAUCCUCAUCCUCCAGCUCCAUAGUGUCCUUCAAAAGUGCGGACAGCAUCAAGAGCCGACCGAGACUGCCAAGGCUGGAGGGCGAUGGGGGAGAGCACAUGUCACCAGAGAACAGAGAGCCAGGGACAGGCAGGAAGGAUGACGAUGUCGAGAGUAUCAUGAAGAAAUACCUCCAAAAGUAGGAACCAGUCGAGCCUCCUGAGAUGCAGCUGCUCUUGAAGACUUCCUGAUGCCACAUCUCUUUGGGGAAGGAGAGACUCACUGGCUAGGCCUCCCUAGGUGCCCUCAGCCCAGAGCCAGCCAGCAUGGCCACCCUCAA